CUACCAACUGGACAGAUAACAUGGACAAAACAUCCUGCCUGUAUGGAUGUGAACAUUUUCAUAAGAAACCAUGACCGUCAAGGUAAUAUUAUUUCUGAAAGUUGGACUCUGGAGGAAGUGGUUAUCAAGAAG